CUUCCAUCUCCUUCGAGUCACCGAAGGUGCUCGAUCUGGUAUAAGUGAAACAAUAUGCGAAGCGGAUGGCACCUUAAUCACCAACCUUCAACGACGGUUGGAGCGAUGGGCCGAACAUUUUUGCUCGCAGUUUUGUUGGCCCCCAGCUCCAUCUGCUACCUCUGGCGCUCGCGCUGGGGCCGAGUGGUCUACCCCAACAGACCCUCCCUCUUCCCAGGAAAUCGAGCAGGAGCUCCGGCACAUGAAGCGUUAUAAAGCUCCCGGCCCUGAUGGUCUUCACCCAGCUCUAUUCAAAGAUGGUGGCGCAUCGCUGGUCCGAGAACUCACCGCUUUGUUCUCGAAAAUUUGGUCGAAAGAGAAGGUUCCAUCAUCUUGGGGUGAAUCGAUAGUCGUACCCAUCUUCAAAAAGGGCCUGCGCACAAUCUGCUCCAACUACAGAGGAAUAAGCUUAGUCCCCGUCGUUUGCAAGCUGCUGGUGUCCAUCAUACUUCGCAGGCUAUCCCCAACACGCGAAUCGUUGCAACGAGAAGAACAAGCUGGGUUUCGCCCUGGUCGCGGCUGCAUCGAUCAAAUCUUCACACUUCGCCAGAUCCUCGAGCUCCGCCAUGUGUAUCAGAGGCCAACGAUUGCUGUGUUCCUGGAUAUCCGUGCAGCCUUCGAUUCUGUCGAUCGUACAGUACUGUGGCAGUGCCUUCUGAGGAACGGUGUCCCCGAGAAGUUCGUCUCCAUACUGCGCGCUCUAUACAGUCUGACCUCGGGCAGGGUUAGGGCUUAUGGCAUGCUUUCGCCUACCUUUGUGGUCUCCAGUGGAGUUCGACAAGGAUGCCCUAUCUCUCCGUUCCUAUUCAACUUUGCCAUUGAGGAUGUCCUGAAGAACGCUCUGAGCGAUUCGUUGAACGCUGGCGUUGAGCUCCUCCCAGGUAGUCGAGUUGUUGAUUUGGAUUAUGCUGAUGAUAUCGUCUUGCUGGGUGACGAUCCACAGGUCGUCCAACUUGCAUUAAACCGCUUGACGAUUGAAGCAUCAAAGUACGGUAUGUACUUUUCGCCAUCCAAAUGCAAGGCUCUCCUUCAAGACUGGCAGGUGCCUCUGCCUGCACUCACGCUUGCUGGUGAGACACUGGAGGUUGUGGAGAGCUUUGUCUACUUGGGAAGUUGCAUCACUGCUGGCGGGGCUAUUGGAGACGAGAUUUCGAUGCGCAUCUCGAGAGCACGCCUCGCUUUUUCUAGGCUGAGGCAUUUGUGGCGUCGCCACGACAUUCGUCUCUCCAUCAAAGGGCGGGUCUAUUGUGCAACUGUUCGUGCUGUACUGUUGUACGGAUGCGAGACCUGGCCCAUUCGUAAAGAUGACUUGCGCAGGCUAUCCGUCUUCGAGCACCGCUGUCUGCGGUCCAUUGCCCGUGUGUGGUGGCAGCACCACGUAAGCAAUGUGGAAGUUAGACAGCGUGUCUUGGGACGUGGAAGCCACUCGCUCGAGGAGCUCAUCUCACUGCAUCAACUGCGGUGGUUGGGACACGUAUUGCGCAUGCCUGUCCAGCGUUACCCCCGUCGUGCGUUGUUUGCACUUGCUGGACAGGGCUGGAAGAGACGGUCUGGUGGACAGCCUACAACAUGGAGAAGCCGCAUGAAAAAGUUGACGAAACAAUUGGCCUCGGCCGGUUGUUGUCGACUACCUGGUUGGGGUCCGAGAGAUGAGGAUACUUGCUGGUUGAAAACCUUGGAAGUUAUGGCUCAAGAUCGAUGUCAAUGGCGGACGUGUGCAUCAGUGUGUUGCGGUGUCCCUUCUUCCUCCCCCUAAAAAAGAACAAACUGAAAAAAAUUUCAAAAUCUGUGAGUGGUAAACUUGACAAAAAAAGCAUUUCUUGUUGCUCUUUUCUUAUUAUUCAUAUUGUUUUCCUAUUCAGCCAUGAUUCCGA